CCUGCUGCACUCCCAAUUUAAGCAUUUAUUCCACUGGGAUAGAGGAGUCUAGAGCAGCGCUAGCACCAAAAAACCAUGGCUGGGAUUGUAUAUUUCACCGUCUUUUCGCUUCUCUUUGGGAUUUGCGAGGGUGUCACCGGUUCUCGGAUAUAUCCGGCCAAUGAAGUUACCUUAUUGGAUUCCAGAUCAGUUCAAGGUGAACUUGGUUGGAUAGCAAGCCCCUUAGAGGGAGGGUGGGAGGAAGUCAGCAUUAUGGAUGAGAAAAAUACACCAAUCCGCACUUAUCAAGUCUGCAACGUCAUGGAACCAAGUCAGAACAACUGGUUACGGACUGAUUGGAUUCCCCGUGAAGGGGCUCAAAGGGUUUAUAUUGAAAUCAAGUUCACACUAAGAGACUGCAACAGCCUGCCAGGUGUUAUGGGAACUUGCAAGGAGACUUUUAACCUGUACUAUUAUGAAUCAAGCAAUGACAAGGAGCGUUUUAUUCGAGAAAGUCAGUUUGGUAAGAUUGACACCAUUGCUGCUGAUGAGAGUUUUACUCAGGUAGACAUUGGCGACAGGAUUAUGAAAUUAAAUACAGAGAUACGUGAUGUGGGUCCAUUGAGCAAGAAGGGAUUUUAUCUGGCAUUCCAGGAUGUAGGUGCUUGCAUAGCCCUGGUGUCUGUUCGUGUCUUCUACAAGAAGUGUCCCCUGACAGUACGUAAUCUGGCUCAGUUUCCAGACACAAUCACAGGAGCUGAUACAUCUUCUUUGGUCGAGGUUCGUGGUUCAUGUGUCAACAACUCAGAAGAGAAGGAUGUGCCAAAAAUGUACUGUGGGGCAGAUGGUGAAUGGCUGGUACCCAUUGGCAACUGCCUAUGCAAUGCUGGGUAUGAAGAGCAUAAUGGAGAAUGUCAAGCGUGCAAGAUUGGAUACCACAAAGCCUUCUCAACAGAUGUUGCCUGUGCCAAGUGCCCACCUCACAGUUUCUCCAUCUGGGAAGGUUCCACUUCUUGCACCUGUGAUCCAGGCUUUUUCCGAGCAGAAAACGAUGCUGCCUCCAUGCCCUGUACUCGCCCUCCAUCUGCUCCAGAGAACUUGAUUUCCAAUGUCAAUGAGACAUCAGUGAAUUUGGAAUGGAGUUCCCCCCAGAACAAAGGUGGUCGUGAAGAUGUCUCUUACAAUGUGGUGUGUAAGAGAUGUGGAGCUAGUGAUCUGAACCGCUGCCGGUCCUGUGGGAGUGGUGUUCACUUCAGCCCUCAGCAGAAUGGAUUGAAGUCCACUAGGGUUUCCAUUACUGACCUUUUGGCUCAUACGAAUUACACCUUUGAAAUCUGGGCAGUGAAUGGAGUAUCCAAGCAAAAUCCAAGCCAAGACCAAGCUGUGUCUGUCACUGUGACCACUAACCAAGCAGCUCCUUCUCAAAUUGCUUUGAUCCAAGCUAAGGAAAUAACAAGGCACAGUGUGGCAUUGGCUUGGCUGGAACCUGACCGGCCAAAUGGAGUCAUCUUGGAAUAUGAAGUCAAAUAUUACGAAAAGGACCAAAAUGAGCGUAGCUAUCGCAUUGUGAAAACAGCAACCAGAAAUACUGAUAUCAAGGGUUUGAAUCCUUUGACUUCAUAUGUCUUUCAUGUGCGAGCAAGGACAGCAGCUGGAUAUGGAGACUUCAGUGGACCCUUUGAAUUCACAACCAACACAGUUCCUUCUCCCAUCAUUGGGGAAGGCACCAAUCCCACCGUCCUUCUGGUCUCAGUGGCUGGCAGUGUUGUCCUCGUAGUCAUUCUCAUUGCUGCCUUUGUCAUCAGUAGGAGAAGGAGCAAAUACAGUAAAGCUAAGCAAGAAGCAGAUGAAGAAAAACAUUUAAAUCAAGGUGUCAGAACCUAUGUAGAUCCCUUUACUUAUGAGGAUCCCAACCAAGCUGUGCGGGAAUUUGCCAAAGAAAUUGAUGCCUCAUGUAUAAAGAUUGAAAAAGUCAUAGGUGUCGGUGAAUUUGGUGAAGUUUGCAGUGGCCGUCUCAAGGUUCCAGGAAAGAGGGAGAUCUGUGUGGCUAUCAAAACGCUGAAAGCUGGCUACACAGACAAACAAAGAAGGGACUUUUUGAGUGAGGCCAGCAUAAUGGGACAAUUUGAUCAUCCCAACAUCAUCCACUUGGAAGGAGUAGUCACUAAAUGUAAACCUGUCAUGAUUAUAACUGAGUACAUGGAAAAUGGUUCUUUGGAUGCCUUUCUCAGGAAGAAUGAUGGCAGAUUUACUGUAAUCCAGUUGGUAGGAAUGCUCCGAGGCAUUGGUUCUGGAAUGAAGUAUUUGUCUGACAUGAGCUAUGUACAUCGGGAUCUAGCUGCUCGAAACAUACUAGUUAACAGUAACUUGGUCUGUAAAGUUUCUGAUUUUGGUAUGUCCCGUGUUCUAGAAGAUGAUCCUGAAGCAGCCUAUACGACUAGGGGUGGUAAGAUUCCUAUCAGAUGGACUGCACCAGAAGCAAUUGCCUAUCGUAAAUUUACAUCAGCCAGUGAUGUCUGGAGCUAUGGAAUUGUCAUGUGGGAAGUGAUGUCAUAUGGAGAAAGGCCUUAUUGGGAUAUGUCCAAUCAAGAUGUUAUCAAAGCCAUUGAAGAAGGCUAUCGGCUUCCACCCCCAAUGGACUGCCCAAUUGCUCUACAUCAGUUGAUGCUGGAUUGUUGGCAGAAAGAACGUAGUGACAGACCUAAAUUUGGACAGAUUGUCAACAUGUUAGACAAACUUAUCCGCAACCCCAAUAGCUUGAAGAGAACAGGCUCAGAAAACUCCAGGCCUAAUACUGCUUUGCUGGAUCCAAAUUCUCCUGAAUUCUCAGGUGUUGUUUCUGUUGGUGAUUGGCUUCAAGCUAUUAAAAUGGAGCGAUACAAGGAUAACUUUACAGCUGCCAGCUAUACUACUCUAGAGGCUGUGGUGCAUAUGAACCAAGAUGACCUGACAAGAAUUGGAAUUACUGCCAUUGCACACCAGAAUAAGAUUUUGAACAGCGUCCAAGCAAUGAGAACCCAAAUGCAGCAAAUGCACGGCAGAAUGGUUCCAGUUUGAGACAGUACUGAAUAAACUCUAAACUCUUGAAAUUAGUUUACCUCAUCCAUGCACUUUAAUUGAAGAACUGCACUUUUUUACUUCUUCUCCUUGCCAUUGAAAUAACAAUAAUAAUGAUUUGCAGCACUGUUUGAUAUAUAAAGAUUGCUAAUUGUGCUGCAAAGAGGGAACCUACAAAAAUGACAGGUCGUCAUUUGAGAACAAGCCUGGAACAAAUUGUUUCCUGGAUUAUACUUAUAUAUGGAUCAGCAUUAUGUAAUAUACUUGUAUCUAUAAAACAUCCAUUCAAGUUCUGAAGCUGUGUUUCCUGCCAGAUACUGUUCUUAAACAAAGGAAAUACUAUUCCCUCCCCCCAGCAGCCAUGGGAUUACAAUUAUUGUGUUUGAUCUGUGGAUAAACCAUUUUUUUCCUUCAUCUUUUAUUGGAACAAAGAAUCUUCUGAACCAGGAAAUGUUGGCAUAUUCUAGGCAUCCAUUGUACUCAGCAGAAAGCUUAAAGGAAAAUAUUAUUUGGAUGAUCAGUGCCUCUCAAGAUUUAUCCACUUGCAAUCUAAGACAGAGACCAACCUUCAUGGAUUACUGGAUUUAUUUAUUUUAUGAAGGGAAGAGUGUUGGUUGCUGUUAUGGUUGCUGUUGCAUUACACUGAGUAUAUCUGUCAUGAUUCUAGAAAUUAUCUUGCUAGUCAGCCAUUCUUAAUGAUGGAUUUUCCAAAUCUACAUCUAACCAUUUUCAAGAGGCCACUGGCAGUGCAAAACUGAAAAGGCAAAGUGGACCUUGCUUUCUUGGAAUCAGGCCUUUCUUGUGACCAUCUUAACCCUGGAAGAUAACAGACUGGAGACAAGCACUUUCAGUUGUCUCAGUUUAUUCAGCACUGACUCUAGAGAAAAUGGACCAUGAAUAAGCAGCUUUUACUUCCUGAAGAGUAUCUCUUUGGAUUUCUUCCUUUUGAAAAGGUUUUGUCAGCAAAAAAAAGCAAAUAUAAGAUCCAGAUAAAAUUAUUUUAGUUCCACUUAAGGAAUGUACUGUAUAAAAGCCCUACAGACAUAUAUACAUAUGCACCACACAUACAACACACCCCACACAACCCCCUACAUACUGUGUCUUUUUUUCCCUUGCAUGUUGUUGUUAUGUCUCCAAAUGUCAGUGUCGGAGCCAUAAGGACACCAGGGCUAUGUACCCCUGUGCAGAACUUAGUUAAGAAAAGCUGAGACUGCAUAUGAUAGUCCAGCAAUACUUUAUAGAAAGUGUGCCAAUGCUAAAAUGUCAAUAUUUUUAAUAGAAAGGAAAGUAACUUAUUUCUUCCAAGAUUGUGUGAGGAUAUGUAUGACUUUAGUGUGUGUGUGUGUGUGUGUGUGUGUGUGUGCGCGCGCGUGCGCAUGGGUGUGCAUGCACACGUAAUAUGUUUGUUUGUUACCUGUUGGCAGGGCCACCUGUGAAUAUACAGAUAGCAUCUCAAGAUAUUUGACAGUUUGUGGCUGGGCUGUUGAGUUACCAGGCCAGUAGGUGAGCUAUGCAACAGUUGGGAGAAAACACACAUACUCCUGAAUGUUCCAGUUCUGUAUCUAUACAUAUAUUAUGUAGUUGCCACACUAACCUUAAAAAUUAGUUCUUUAGCCUAGAGCAGGGACACUUUCACUUUGGUUAUGGAAUGAUCCAUCAUGAGUUCCAUAAUGGCUAAAAACAGUAUUGAUAAACAUUAGUCUUGCCAAGGCUGUUCAUUAUUGAAUCAGUGAUACCUUAAGGUAAAGUAGAUAGAGAAUAAGUCUUCACCCAUCAGCAGGUUGCUUUGAACUGAACUAUUUUUCUUUUCCUGUAAAAACAGUAUUGAAAAGAUUUGUUGAACACAAACAGAAAUAUGCAAUCUUAUACAUUCACAGAAAUGAAUUAUCCCAUGUGCCAUUUGCAAGAAUUUCUGGGCUUAUAAACUGACUGUGGAGCAAAUUAUUCAUUUUUCCCUGCAGCUGAAUAAUACAAAAACAUUUAAAGUAAUCAAAACACAUUUAAAAUUCGAAAAAAAAAUAACCAGAGUAUUUUCUCUGCAUUUUUAUAAUAAUCUUUGUCAAAGUAGGUCAAAGGUCCUCCCUAGAAAGGUUGACAGACCAUGAAGACUUUUCCUUUUCUAUACAUAUAUCGAAUUUGGAAACAGGAGGAUGGUGACAACCUGGAGACUAUACUGCAACUCCAUAUUUUGAGCUCAGCCAUUGAUGUGUUUGAUCUGUUUUCUGGUUGCAGAAUAGUUUUCUCUGCUGAAACACAGUGCAUUACAGCAAGUUGAAACAGAAUAGUCAAACCAAUAUCACUGAGCAAGAAAAAAAAUAAAACAUAUAAAACAAUGUGUAAAUUUUGCAUUAAAAUUUUCGAGCAUAUUUUGGAUUUUUUAUCAAAAUCCUUGUCUUUUCUCCUUCCAUACCUACAGUUCUGUCCACCCUCUCCCAUUUUUGUUGUAUUCAUGGAUGCAAAAUCUAAAACCAAUUUUUUGGGCUCAGGUAUUCGUGCUGUUGGCAAUAAAGAGGCAUGAAACACUAUUAAGGAGCCAUGAGCUGCAUGGACUGCAAAGCCAGGACACAAUUGCAAUCAAAUAUACUAAACAAUACACAUUGCCCAUUAAAGAACAGAAUACUGUAUAGAACUGGCCUUCAUUUCUUCCUGGUUACAGAAGAGACAUCAACAGGAAUAUUUUAACACAGCAAACCUCUAUACAUUAAGGAAAUAUCUGCUUACAACCUCAUUGGUUAAUGUUUGUCCAGGUUUCUUGCUGUAUUAAAUUUGUGAUGGAUUUGUGUAUUAAAUAUAUAAAUAUAUAUAUGUAUAAAACAAAAAAGCUGGUUCUUGCCAGUAACCAGAACUUCAAAGCAGUAUUUUUCUUUUACAUGCAUUUUCAUAAUGAGAAAGAAAGCAUCCUGAAUAUUAAUUAGACAGAUUAAGAAGUUAAAAAAGAGAGUGCAUUUAUUUUUUGUAUCACUGCAAAUAUGUUGGAAUAUGCAAAGACAGUUUAAAAAAUUAGAAUGUAUGAGGCAUAUGAUACUUUAGUCCAUACUGGAAAAAAAGAAAUCUUAACAGUGCAUUGCUUGGGUUUGCAGAUUUGAACAAUAUCUCAGAUAGAAAUAUAGAUUUUCUAUUUUAUUUUAAUUUGUAAUUUUUCUCUCUCCAUCAAUGUUAGGUACACAUAACUUAUGUCAUUUAUUUAUGGUCUUUUAUACCUAGUUUGUAAAAUUGUAAAAUAGCAAACUAAAUGCAAAAAUUUGCAUUUGAAAAUAAUAAAGUAGUUGCUGUACAAAUCUCA